AUUGUUGGCAUCGCUCCCCUUGCUGGUAUAAAUAGGCAGGGCGGUGGGCCCAGAAGGCAUCAGAGCCAACAGCUCCUUCAGCAGAGUCCAGCCAGCUAAUAGCCAGAGAGCAAGAUGCACAGCAAUCAACUGACACUGAUCUUUGGAGCGGCCCUCAUUUGUGUGGCCAGCGGCCUCACCACCGUCACCCCGCGGACAACCACAAGGCGGUCCGUCAGCACCCUGCCGCCGAUCAGCAUCCGACCAUGGCCCUGCUCCCCGCCAGCAGUCUGUGCCCGCACCAGCCCCAGGGUAUGUGGCAGGACGCCGCAGGGCGAUUGCCAGCGCUUCAACAACAUCUGCGACCUCAUCCAGGCCAAUCGGGUGGGCAAUCCUGCCGGCAUCCGGCACACCCGCGACAUUGACUGCAGGACCGUGCGCGCCGUCGGAGCCGCCCACAGGCGCGCCUGCUGGGUGGCCUGCCCCGCACGCCCCCGACUCUGCAGGAGAACCCCGCCCAGGCAGGAAAUUUGCGUCCGCUCGCGCAACAACCGGGAGUGCAAGAUCCUGGCCAACACCUGUCAGCUCCGCAACCAGAACUGCAACAGCCAGCCCCGCAACAACUGGCUGCGCACGGACAAGCGUCGCUGCGGAGAGAUGCAGGUGGGCGACAAGCAGCGGCCCUGCAUCAACCUCCCGAACACCACCAGGCGCCCAAUCAGCAGGCGCACCACCACUCCCCGCCCCACCAGC